AUGUCACAUCGGCACGGCGACUCGACCGCGUCGGCCUCUUUGAUCCCUGAUGCCGACUCGGACCUGGAUUUGGAUCUGGACGAGCUUGAUCCACAGACGACCAACACCAACAACCACAACUCGCGCUCGGCGAGUACCGACUUUGGCAAGAACAUAGCCUUGAAGAAGCUGCGAUAUGGAGGAAGAAGAGCUUUCAGAAGGCCCGACCGCUAUGCCGACGACGCAGAUGCAGACGACCUGGAAGCCUUGGUAGGAAGAGACAAGGGUGACGACUCCGAACCCGAGGACGAACACGAUCCCGCCUCCAACAGGACCAUCGUUGUGGGAGACCGUCAAGAUGCCAAAUACCCGCCUAAUGCUGUCUCCAACGCCAAAUAUACCCCCGUUUCUUUCCUACCCCGAACACUAUACAACGAGUUCUCCUUCUUCUUCAACAUGUAUUUCCUCCUGGUCGCUUUGUCGCAAAUCAUCCCUCAGCUUCGUAUCGGUUAUCUGAGUACAUACAUCUUUCCUCUGCUCUUCGUUUUGACCAUCACUCUCGGAAAAGAGGCCAUGGACGACAUACACCGCCGGAGGAGAGAUCAGGAGGCCAAUUCGGAAAGAUAUACUGUCUUGCAAUUCGGGGAUAAUGAUACCUCUUCAAGGAGGAGACAACGGCCUGCGGAUCCAGAUGCAGAUGGCUUGUUAGAUACGGAUGUGAGGGACGUCUCAAAACCAUCGCGAUUACUCAAGGUCGGCGAUGUCUUGGUCAUGACCAAGGACCAGCGCUUUCCCGCAGAUGUCGUCAUUCUCAAAAGCUUCUCUCAAGAAUCUUCUGCUCAGCCAGAGCCACUGCCGGAAAGCGAAGAAGCAAAUCUGUUCGAGCCCGAAGCUGCAAAUGUACCUGAACCACCGUUAGCAAACCAGACCACUUCUGAAGAUCCGAGCGCUGGUGGUGAAGCCUUCAUUCGAACAGAUCAACUGGAUGGAGAAACCGAUUGGAAGCUCCGGUUGGCUUCUCCCCUGACUCAGGAUCUCCCUUCUCGUGAUUUGACCAGGUUGCGUCUGACGGCUGGAAAGCCAGACAAGCGUGUCAAUGACUUUGUUGGUACCCUGGAUCUGCUACCCGAUGGUCGCCAGGCAUAUGAUCCCUACGAGGCUGAGGCGUCUGCUGCUGAGGUUCCUGGAACAAAAUCCAUACCGCUCUCCAUCGACAACACUGCCUGGGCCAACACAGUGCUUGCCUCGAGCACAACUGUCUAUGCGGUGGUCAUCUACACCGGUCCAGAGACUCGUGCUGCUCUUUCGACUUCUGCUUCUCGCUCAAAAACGGGCCUUCUCGAAAACGAGAUCAACUCUCUGACCAAGAUUUUGUGCUUUCUGACUCUUGCUCUAUCUUUCAUUCUUGUUGCAUUGAAAGGCUUCAAAGCUGAGAAUGGUCGGGAGUGGUACGUCUCGGUCAUGCGUUUUCUCAUUCUCUUCUCCACUAUUGUACCAAUCAGUUUGCGUGUCAACCUGGAUAUGGGCAAGUCAAUGUAUGCUUGGUUCAUAGAGCGUGAUCAAGGUAUUCCUGGAACUGUUGUUCGUACCAGUACCAUUCCCGAAGAUCUUGGCCGCAUUGAAUAUCUGCUCAGCGACAAGACUGGUACUUUGACACAAAACGAGAUGGAGCUGAAAAAGAUUCAUGUCGGUACGGUCUCAUAUGCCAAUGAAGCCAUGGAUGAGGUAUCUGGAUACGUCAAAGCCGCUUUCUCUGGUCUCGAGGGCUUCUUCCUGCCUUCGUCCAACGUGACUGGCGGACUUGCCUCAGGCACUCGUUCGCGAAGAGAGAUCGGUCUCAGAGUGCGAGACUUGGUCCUUGCAUUGGCUCUUUGUCACAAUGUCACUCCUACCACCGAAGAAGUUGAUGGAUCUACAGUAACAUCAUACCAAGCUUCCUCGCCUGAUGAGAUUGCCAUUGUGGCUUGGACGGAACACGUUGGUCUGCGCUUGCUGCAUCGUGACCGUAAGUCGAUCACUUUGCAAUUCGCAGACGACAACAAGAUUGUUGUGCGUGUGCAGGUCCUCCACAUCUUCCCUUUCACAUCCGACAGCAAGCGCAUGGGCAUUAUCGUCAAGUUUGUGCAGGAAGGAGGUAUUGCUGAAAGUGAUUCAAGUGAGCUAUACUUCUUUCAGAAGGGCGCGGACACCGUCAUGACUUCCAUCGUGGCCGCUAAUGACUGGCUUGAUGAGGAAACUGCAAACAUGGCUCGCGAAGGAUUGCGUACCUUGGUCAUUGGCAGGAAAGCUUUGUCGCUACAACAAUACGCCGCCUUCUCUUCAGCACACGCAGAAGCUUCGUUGAGUCUUCAUGAUCGUGAUAACAGCAUGGCAAAAGUCGUCAAACAGCAUCUUGAGAACAAUCUCGAACUCUUGGGCGUCACAGGCGUGGAAGACAAACUUCAAGCACAUAUCAAACCGUCUCUAGAACUGCUACGCAACGCAGGCAUCAAGAUCUGGAUGUUGACAGGAGACAAAGUUGAGACCGCACGCUGUGUGGCCGUGUCCUCCAAGCUUGUCUCAAGAGGCCAAUACAUUCACACCAUCGCCGGACUGAAACGUAAAGACCUUGCUCUCGAUGCACUCUCACUACUGCAUUCACGACCCAAUGCCGCUUUGCUAAUCGAUGGCGAGUCUCUAUCUCUUUACCUCAACCACCAUCGCGAGGCAUUCAUUACCUUGGCAGUCCGACUCCCAGCCGUAAUAGCGUGUCGAUGCUCUCCGACACAAAAAGCAGAUGUGGCGAAAUUGAUCCGAUCUCACACACGCAAACGCAUCGCUUGUAUCGGUGACGGCGGCAACGAUGUCAGCAUGAUUCAAGCAGCAGACGUCGGUGUGGGUAUUGUAGGAAAAGAAGGCCGUCAAGCUUCUCUGGCUGCCGACUUCAGCAUUACCCAGUUCAGCCAUCUGACCAAACUUCUCGUCUGGCACGGUCGCAAUAGCUACAAGCGAUCUGCCAAAUUGGCGCAAUUCGUCAUCCAUCGCGGUUUGAUCAUCAGUGUCUGCCAGACUGUAUUUUCUGUCGCUUCCGCCUAUCAACCCAUAGCUUUAUACCGUGAUUGGCUUCUCGUCGGCUACGCGACCCUCUACACCAUGGCCCCGGUCUUCUCCUUGACCCUCGACCGCGACGUCGAUGAAAACCUCGCAAACCUAUACCCGGAAUUAUACAAAGAAUUGACUUUGGGCAAAUCCCUCUCUUACCGCACCUUCUUCAUCUGGGUCGCCAUCUCAGUCUACCAAGGUAUCGUCAUCCAAGGCGGUUCUCAACUCCUAGUCCCCAAGUUCGCAGACCACAGCACAGGAAACGCAGACACAGCCGCUGCAUUUGCGAGAAUGGUUUCCGUCUCUUUCACCGUGUUGGUCAUUAAUGAAUUGAUCAUGGUAGCCGCCGAGAUCACAACAUGGCAUCCCGCAAACAUCAUCUCCAUCCUUGCAACAGGAUGUCUAUACUUCGGCAGCAUCCCAUUCCUCUCUGGCUACUUCGAUCUGAAAUUCGUGGCCAGUGUUGGUUUCGUAUGGAGAGUCGCCGCCAUCUCUGCGGUGUCUCUGGUUCCUGUUUAUGCUGGCAAAUUGAUCAGACGGGCAGUGAAGCCACCGAGUUAUAGAAAAGUACAGGGGGUGUAA